GUUUCUGUGUUUCUCUCCGUCUCUUUCUCGCUCUCUCGUCUCUGUCUGUGGUGGAGGCCGUCGCUCCCGCGGCUGCUGGUGCCUGCUUCCCGUGAGGGCCCGGGGGGCAGGAGGAGGAGGAGGUGGUGGUGGUGGAAGAAGAAAAGGAGGCAGCAGAGGAUCAUGGAUAUCGAGAGGCUGCAGGAGGCGCUGAAAGAUUUUGAAAAGAGGGGGAAGAAGGAAGUGUGUCCUGUACUGGAUCAGUUUCUUUGUCAUGUUGCCAAGACUGGAGAGACAAUGAUCCAGUGGUCGCAGUUCAAAGGCUAUUUUAUUUUCAAAUUGGAGAAAGUGAUGGAUGACUUCAGAACUUCUGCUCCUGAGCCAAGAGGCCCUCCUAACCCCAACGUGGAGUAUAUUCCCUUUGAGGAAAUGAAAGAACGUAUUCUGAAAAUAGUCACUGGCUUUAAUGGUAUCCCCUUCACUAUUCAGCGACUCUGUGAACUGCUGACAGAUCCAAGGAGGAAUUACACAGGAACAGACAAAUUUCUCAGAGGAGUAGAAAAGAAUGUCAUGGUUGUCAGUUGUGUAUAUCCAUCUUCAGAGAAAAACAAUCCCAAUAGUUUAAACAGGAUGAAUGGCGUGAUGUUUCCUGGAAACUCGCCGAGCUAUUCUGAGAGAUCCAAUAUAAAUGGUCCUGGAACACCCCGACCCAUCAAUCGACCAAAUGUUUCUUUGUCACCUCCAAUGACAACGAACGGUUUACCAGACAGCCCAGAAAAUAAAGAGUCAGGUCUCUCACAAGCAGAAGAGAAAAUUAGCAGUGAAACGUCGGCAUCUGAACCCGAAAGGGUCCAAAGCAGUUCUGUAAAAAAUAAACACCCUGACGAAGAUCCAGCCGAAGUUGAGGAGCGUGAGGUAAAAAGACUUAAAUUUGACAAAGAGGAGGAAGCUGAAGGGACCUCCAACCAAAGUGGCUCCAGCGAUGUUUGUUCAGCAAUGGUAGAAGAGACCGAGACACCCUCUGAAUCCCAAGAGAAAGAGAAAGAAACAGUUUGUGAGAGGCAACAUUGUAAAGAAGAAGAGGAAGAGGAGGAAGAAUCCCUCAUGACGCCCAGAGAGAUUAUUCCAGAAAGAAAAGAUCAAGAUAAAGACAAUAAUACUUCCUUAACUGUGAAAGAAGACGUUUCUGAGGAGAAUAAUCAAAUGGAGGAAUCUGAUGAGACUCAAGCAGAGAAGGACUUGCCUUCUGAAGACAGUGAAAGCAGUGGGUCUGUCAGUAGCAGAGCUGGCUGCAGUGAGACGGAAGAAUUGGGCUUGUAUGCCAGUGAAACUCCUGAAAUGGCGGCAGAGACCCCUAUGGAAAACAGCGAUGAAGCCACAGAAGCUGCAGAAGAACCUAUGGAACAGGAUUAAUAAUUUAAAUACACUUAGAGGCAGUAUUUUCCAUAAGGCUCUGGUUUUACACUGUAUAAAUAAUUUUAUGUAAUAAAAGUGGACCUUUAGUUUUACAACAAAAAGCAGGCUGUAAAUUGAACUUGUCAUUGAGUUAAAUCCUGAAGAGCUGUACUAAUUAAGAACUGUGAAAUAGCAGCUCCUUUCAGGUCCUGCUUUACCGCUGAAAUUUCAGUAUGGUCAAAUCAGUGGUCUGUGUAUAGUUUUUUUAUUUAGAAUUAAAAGUUUUUAAACUGGAAGGUAAUUAUAAUUUUGACAACUUUUUGGAGAUUACCAUGCUUAGCUAUCUGUACGCAAGGAAGCUUUUGUCCCAUCUUGUCUCUUCUCCCCCUCGCCCCCUCCAAGUAAUAAUAAUGCUAUAGCAAAUAUUUUUCCUCUCUUUUGGUUACAGUUUCAACAUUCAACUUGUGAAUUGUAGGCUUCUUUUUGGUUUUCAGGUUUUCAUUUGACUGCAUUGUGUACUUUUUAAAAAAGCUACACACCUGACACACAAUGCUUGAAAACAUGCUAAUCUAAAGAGAACCUAUUAUCUCACUCUUAAGAUGUAUGGUGUUGUUUUUUUAAUGGAAAUAUUUGAGCUCAUUUCACAGAAGGCAACAUUUUCACCUCCGAAUAAACCAAAUAAAAUUUGGCCCGCCUGGUAUCCUGAAGAUCCGAAAGCCGUUGAAAGUACCCGGUUUAAAUACAUUCCAACAGAACUGCUGUAGCAAAACACUUGCGUACAUUUCUGAGGUGCCUGAAUGAAAAGUUUUAAUUCUGAGAAAAUGUGUUGAGGACAGCCUUCAGUUUUAGCUUUCUGUAGGGGGAAUGCUUGCAAGCCUGAGGAAGACAGUGUCUCUGAACUGGAGAAUUUUCGGCCUUUCUCCGAUAGCUUUUUCAAAGUAGGGAGAUCAGACUGGAACAAGAGACUGCAACAUUUUCAAGACUAUUCCCCUAGUUAUGUACCUGAGGUGAACGGCUGACUAGCGUUUGUAGGCAUACAUAGGAACUACCAUAAUUUGUACAUCAUUUUGAAAGUGCACUAAAUAUUUUUAAACAUGUUACUUUGACAGCCAGUGUUAACCCUUUCUUUUCCAAAGCCAGCUCAAAGCACAAUGACUGCUUUAAAUUCUUCAUAUUGUCUCUCUCUCCCCCCACCCCACCCCCCGGCACCAAACAUGUAAAAAACAUUCAAGAUGCAAACCUCCAGUCUCAUUUACUGGCUGCCAAAUUUAUACCUGUUUCUUCAACUGUACCUUUUUGAUAUUUAGAAUUUUUAAAUUUCUGUAAAGUAGAUUUUUUGUAGAUUGUAAAGAGUGCUCACUGCCAUUGUGAAACGGUAUAUAAUUGUAUAAUUUGUGUGUAAACUGAAUGCUUGGGCUUUCAAUACAGUAUUCAUAUAAAGCAAUAAAUAUUAAUGUUAUAAAAUGUUUGAGUACAUUUUAAUCAAAAUAUAAAAGGAACCCCCCCUUUUGGAGGUGAAGUCACAUACCAUGGAGUACAAAAAUAACCAUCAAAAAUGCAUGCUAACAAUUCUUGUACUUCCACGGUGUGCUUCCUUUUGGAGAAGGGUGGGACUGAAUUCUGUUUGUAUUCCAGAAUAAUUUGGCUGAGCUUGCAUAUUUAUACGGUGGUAAUAAACUGUGCUGUCUUGUCAGGUUCAGACAAGGGGAUGCUUAUGAAUUAAGUUCAGUUGCUGUUCUGUAUACAAAGGAAAAAUCAGUUAUUCUCCAUUUCCUCUUCUGCAGAGGGUUGGGUGUGUGUAAUAAGCAUUAAGUAGCACUAAAACCAAACUUAGAAAUUAGAAUUUCUUUCCAAAAGUCCAAGGCUAUAAAACAUUUUUCUCCCCUCACCUUCCCUUUUUUGCUCUUUUUUUUUCCUUCAGGGAUAUUUUGCCAAUGAGAACAAAUUUUACGUUUUAGAGAUUUCUGAUUUUUUCUUUAGAUGUUUGUUUGUGAAAAUAUUGUUAAUAAACCUAUUCUUUAAGCACCUGUGCUCUUUUGACAUUGUUAUUUUUAACAGAACCCACUGAUGCCAGAUUUCAACUGUCUUGUAAAUAAUGAAUUUAUAAAUGUACUAAUACAAUGGCAGCAGGAGCUUGGAAAAUAAAUUCUUAACAGCG